GGAAGGCCGAGGAGAGCCCCCCAAUCCCGCGCCGAGGAGGCGGCGGCGGCGGCGGCGCGACGAUGAGGAUGAUGAAUACAUUGCAAAGUUUUUUUGGCCCCGGCGAGGGGUGUCAGAUUGAGUGCUCUGUGCGCAUGUGCGAAGGUGUCCAAACUGACAAUGCUGGGGAGAUGAAGAUAGUGUGUAGCUGCUUCUGGACUCAAGGAGGAGGAGAGAGAUUCCGCGAGCCGACACCAUGCGAUCCAAGGCGAGGGCGAGGAAGCUAGCCAAAAGUGACGGCGACAUUGUAAAUAACAUGUACGGGCCGGACCCCGACCUGCUGGCUGGCGAGAGUGCCGAGGACGAGACCGAGGACAGCAUCAUGUCCCCCAUCCCCAUGGGGCCGCCGUCCCCUUUCCCCACCAGCGAGGACUUCACCCCCAAGGAAGGCUCGCCCUACGAGGCCCCCGUCUACAUUCCUGAGGACAUCCCCAUCCCACCAGACUUCGAGCUCCGCGAGUCCUCCAUCCCCGGGGCCGGCCUGGGGAUCUGGGCCAAGAAGAAGAUGGAGGUCGGGGAGCGGUUUGGCCCGUACAUGGUGGCGCCCCGGGCCGCACUGAAGGAGGUGGACUUCGGCUGGGAGCAAAUGCUGACGGACGCAGAGGUGUCGUCUCAGGAGGGCUGCAUCCAAAAGAUCUCCGAAGACCUGGGCAGCGGGAAGUUCUGUGUGGACGCUAAUCAGGCCGGGGCCGGCAGCUGGCUCAAGUACGUCCGCGUGGCAUGCUCCUGUGACCACCAGAACCUCACCAUGUGUCAGAUCAACGAGCAGAUUUAUUAUAAAGUCAUUAAGGACAUUGAGCCAGGAGAAGAGCUGCUGGUCCACGUGAAAGAAGGCUCCUACUCCCUGGGGACGGUGCCCCCCAGCCUGGAUGAGGACCCCACGUUCCGCUGCGAAGCGUGUGACGAACUCUUCCCGUCCAAGCUGGACCUGCGGCGCCACAAGAAGUACGCGUGCAGCUCGGUGGGGGCCGUGCUCUACGAGGGCCUGGCCGACGAGCUCAAGCCCGAGGGCCUGGGCGGCGGGGGCAGCGACGGGCAGGCCCACGAGUGCAAAGACUGCGAGCGGAUGUUCCCCACCAAGUACAGCUUGGAGCAGCACAUGAUCAUCCACACAGAGGAGCGAGAGUACAAGUGUGACCAGUGUCCCAAGGCCUUCAACUGGAAGUCCAACCUCAUCCGCCACCAGAUGUCCCACGACAGUGGCAAGCGCUUCGAAUGUGAAAACUGUGUGAAGGUGUUCACAGACCCCAGCAACCUGCAGCGGCACAUCCGCUCCCAGCACGUGGGCGCCCGGGCCCACGCCUGCCCCGACUGUGGGAAGACGUUCGCCACGUCCUCGGGCCUCAAGCAGCACAAGCACAUCCACAGCACCGUCAAACCUUUCAUAUGUGAGGUCUGCCACAAGUCCUACACGCAGUUCUCCAACCUGUGCCGCCACAAACGCAUGCACGCCGACUGCCGCACGCAGAUCAAGUGCAAGGACUGCGGGCAGAUGUUCAGCACUACCUCUUCCCUCAACAAGCACCGGCGCUUCUGCGAGGGCAAGAACCAUUACACGCCGGGCGGCAUCUUCGCGCCGGGCCUGCCCCUGACCCCCAGCCCCAUGAUGGACAAGGCCAAGCCACACCCCAGCCUCAACCACGCCGGCCUGGGCUUCAACGAGUACUUCCCCUCCAGGCCGCACCCAGGGAGCCUGCCCUUCUCGGCGGCGCCCCCCGCCUUCCCCACGCUCACGCCCGGCUUCCCAGGCGUCUUCCCUCCGUCCCUGUACCCCCGGCCGCCCCUGCUACCUCCCAUGCCGCUGCUCAAGAGCCCCCAGAACCACACGCAGGACACCAAGCUCCCCAGCCCCCUGGGCAACCCGGCCCUGCCCCUCGUCUCCGCCAUCGGCAGCAGCGGGCAGGGCGCCGCGGCAGCCGCGGGGCCCGAGGAGAAGCCGGAGAGCCGCCUGGAGGACGCGUACGCCGCCAAGCUCAAGCCCCGGGGCAGCGACCUGUCAGACGGCAGCGACUUCGAGGAUAUCAACACCACAACCGGGACCGACCUGGACACGACCACGGGCACGGGCUCCGACCUGGACAGCGACGCUGACAGCGACCGCGACAAGGCCAAGGCCAAGGCCAAGGCGGCCGAGGGCAAGGCCGAGCUCGGGGGCGGCGCGGUGGCCCCCGGCGCCCCCAACAGCGUGGGCGAGGUGCCCGCCUUCUACUCCCAGCACUUCUUCCCGCCGCCCGAGGAGCAGCUGCUGACAGCGUCGGGCGCCGCGGGCGACUCCAUCAAGGCCAUCGCGUCCAUCGCCGAGAAGUACUUCGGGCCCGGCUUCAUGGGCAUGCAGGAGAAGAAGCUGGGCGCGCUGCCCUACCACUCCGUGUUCCCCUUUCAGUUCCUGCCCAACUUCCCCCACUCCCUGUACCCCUUCACAGACCGCGCCCUCGCGCACAGCCUGCUGGUCAAGGCCGAGCCAAAGUCGCCCCGGGACGCCCUCAAGGCCGGUGGCCCCAGCGCCGAGUCACCCUUCGACCUCACCACCAAACCCAAAGAGGCCAAGCCCGUCCUGCCGGCGCCCAAGGUGCCCCCGGCCCCGGCGUCCGGCGAGGAGCAGCCGCUGGACCUCAGCAUCGGCAGCCGGGUGCGGGCCAGCCAGAACGGAGGGACCCGGGAGCCCCGCAAGAACCACGUGUACGGCGAGCGCAGGCUGGGGGCCGGCGAGGGGCCGCCCAAGGCGUGCCCGGCGCAGCUGCCCCAGCAGCCGUCCCUGCACUACGCCAGGCCGUCGCCCUUCUUCAUGGACCCCAUCUACAGCAGGGUGGAGAAGCGGAAGGUGACCGACCCAGUGGGAGCCCUUAAGGAGAAGUACCUGCGGCCGUCCCCACUGCUCUUCCACCCCCAGAUGUCAGCCAUCGAGACCAUGACUGAGAAGCUGGAGAGCUUCGCGGCCAUGAAGGCGGAAUCCGGCGGCUCCCUGCAGCCCCUCCCCCCCCACCCCUUCAACUUCCGGUCCCCGCCCCCGACGCUCUCGGACCCCAUCCUCAGGAAGGGCAAGGAGCGCUACACGUGCAGGUACUGUGGCAAGAUCUUCCCCCGGUCAGCAAACCUCACGAGACACCUGAGGACACACACCGGCGAGCAGCCGUACAGGUGUAAGUACUGCGACCGGUCCUUCAGCAUCUCCUCCAACCUCCAGCGGCACGUCCGGAACAUCCACAACAAGGAGAAGCCCUUCAAGUGCCACCUGUGCAACCGCUGCUUCGGGCAGCAGACCAACCUGGACAGACACCUGAAGAAGCACGAGCACGAGCACGCGCCAGUGAGCCAGCAUUCAGGGGUCCUCACGAACCACCUGGGGACCAGCACCUCCUCCCCCGCCUCCGAGUCGGACCACCAUGCACUUUUAGAUGAGAAGGAAGACUCCUAUUUCUCAGAAAUCAGAAACUUUAUUGCCAACAGCGAGAUGAACCAAGCAACAACGCGAACAGACAAGCGGCCGGAAGUCCAGGACCUGGAUGGUGCCCCCCAGUGCCCGGGCCUGGCCGGCGGGAAGCCGGAGGAUGUGGAGGAGGACGAGGAGGAGGAGCUGGAGGACGACGACAGCCUGGCGGGGAGGUCGCAGGACGACACCGCGUCCCCCACCCCUGAGCCCCAGGGCGCCUACGCGGAUGAGGACGAGGAGGUGCCGCCCGCCUCGCUGGCCGUGGGCUUCGACCACACCCGAAGCACCAGGGAUGCUGCCGGCAUUCCAAGAUCCUCCUGGGGGAGGCCCGUAGAUCCCGGAGGCCUUUCCGAGAUGGCCCGUUUCCUCCCAGCCCUGAGUCCUGGGAGCAGGAGCCCCGGGCCUCUCCAGAGCCGCCCAGAUUCUCGGGAACCGAGGCGUCCCCGGCUGCCCCCCAUCCCCGAGACCCAAGCGCCCUGCCUGCUGCCUGCAGCGUGUGCACGUGCUCACCUCCUUCCGUGCCCUCCCUCCGUCGCUCUCCUGCAUCCGUGUGGCUUCCGUCCAGGUGUCCGUGUGUCCAUGUGUCUGUCUCCUCGUGCAUGUGGCUCGUGGAGAUGCCGUGGCGUGCAUGCAGGCACGGAGCCAGCCGUGGGGCGUCAGAGAGGUGGCGAGAGGCCAGACCGGCUAACGGCGGGCCCCUCUCCGGUCGUUGGUGCAGGCGUAUGCAAUGAUGCUGUCCCUUUCCGAGGACGCUCCUCUCCACACCUCCUCCCAGAGUCCUCUGGAUGCUUGGCUGAACAUGGCGGGAGCCACGCCGGAGUCCGGAGCCUUCAACCCCAUCAACCACCUCUGACCACCCCAGGAUGGGCUGGGGUCAGAGUCCAAGCGAGGCCAUCACAGGCCCCCGACAUCCCAACAGAAAUCCCAGCUGCGGAAGUUGGAGGCCAGGGCCUCGGGGAGCCGGAGCGGCCCGGGGCCGAGGAGACCCGUUGUCACCUGCGUCUGACCUCUCCUCAGCGUCUGUGCCCCCCGCCACGGUUCAACUUUAACUUUUCCAACGAAAACUCAGAACCCAGAGUCCUUGGAGCCGUCGUGGGGUUUCACCGGCUCUAAGAAUUGGUCUUGAGGACGGCGUUCGAGACGGUUCAGCUCACAGUGUCCAGGCGCAGCGCAGGGGGGCUGCUUCGCAGAGUCAAGCCCGUGGGCGAGGGCGGGAUUUGAACCCCAAACUGAGGCCGGCGGGCCGCUCCCAGGCGCCCGCGUGGUGUCUCGAGAGGGAACGGACAGCUGGGUGUGCUCUAAAGAGGGAAUCGCCCAGAUGAUUUUUAUAAUGAAAAUUACAAGGAUGACCCUUUUGGUAAUCUUAUUGACGACAGAGUCUAUUUAAGCAUGUGGUUUUAAAAAUAGACAGUAUUUUUAAAAAAAAAAAAAAAAUCAAAAAGUGACUUGCCAAUUGUUUUUUAAAAGUAAUUUUGCAUUGCUUUGAAAUCUCAGCUUAUCUGCAAACCCAAACCUGCCUGGGAACCAGCACUGCGUUUGGGGGUGUUCUUUAUACUGUAGAUGCGGAGAAAUUUUCUAUCUCUGACCGUAUUUGUAAAGCCAAGGUGAUUCUGGGGUCCCCUCCCCCGGGCAGAACUGAGUUUGGGGGGCCGCCUCCCGUGACCAGUUGCAGACUGUACCCGGGAAUCAGAUACGGUGUCCUGGGCUGGCCCAAGGCUGGGACUCGGAAAUGUGCCUGUCAUUGUGUGCCAUGUGAUUCGUGCCCGUGGCCCCCACCCAGGGACUCCCAAUUGUAUGGGGGCGGUCGGAGCGGUGGCUGGGCCCCUGAUGUUCUCCCCACAAGGGCUGUGCCUCGGCCACCCCACGCCAGCCCGCCCGCCACCGUCCUUCAGAAGGCAGGGCCUGCCGGUCACGUUCGGAUCUCCAGCCCUCACCCUCACCCACCCCCGGUCAGACGGACAAGGGGAAGGAAGCAGGCCUCCUCGGGGGCCACCGGGGGCCACACUCCAAGGCUCCCUUGCUCCAGGCCGCCAAGCUCCACGUACACCUGACACCCCAGGACACGACUGCCACUUCGCUCUUUGUGUGGGCUCCUGGCGGGCGGGACCCGGCUCCAGAACGAAGGGCAUCCAGACGCGACCUACCGCAAAGAGCAAAGGCAGCAGAGCCCAGUGGGGACGGCGCCUCCCCGGGGACCAGGCUACUUCUCCACUCGGAUGGGCUUUAAAUUAUUCCCAUAGGGGCCAAUUUCGAGUAAUCGUUUGUAUUCCCUGAUGGAAUUGACCUUAAUCUGUAUAUAACUUGUAAUUUUUUCUAAUUCAUUUCUUUUCUUAUUUUAUUUCUUCCUUAACAGUAUUUUUGGCAUUAGACAUUCUUAUUGUGAAGAAAUAAUGUUAAUAUAAGUAUCUAGUGAAGGACCAAAACCGUGUAAUAAGGUCGUGUGAUGUGUGAUCAAUAACCAGGGAGUGGGGCGGUUUUGAAUGUGCCAAAUACCCCGCGUCCCCCGCCCAACAAAUCCUGCUGCCCGUUUUCCAGACAAUCAUGUGUUUCUGUUAAAUUUGAGUUUCAGUUGCAUUUAAGACAAGUGCUCUAUUUAUUUCUUUUCUUGUUUGGAAGAUAAAAAGAAGAAUAGCAUCCUGAGAAGAAGAGAAAAAAAAAAAAAAAAUCUCCCAAGUUGCCCUAAAAAAAGUGUGAAAAUACAAACGGUUGUGGAGUGGCCAACCGUCCGGCCACUCCAGGCCAAGACAAUCGUCCACCUGGGCACUGGGGGUCCAGCCUCGCGCUGCAGACCUGCGGUGGGGAGUCCCCGGGGGCGCACAGACCUGCGGGUCCCCGUGAAAGGGCUUUGGCCUUUCCCAGAUCCAGUCGAGGUAACAGGCUCAGAGCACCUCGCACGUGGGCGCCGGCUGGAAGGUCGCCCCGGGGCAGCCGGAGAAGCUGCUGGUGGAGGAGCGGGGCCGUGGCCACACCCAUGAGGAUUUGCAGACUCAACGGCUCACACCUGCUCGGAGGCAUCCUCGACUCGCCUCGCCAGACCCGCCUGGUGUGUAGGAAUUUCCAACUUCCCCUCCGUCGAGAUGGGACCCCUUUGAAAAGUCAACCUCAGAUACCAACUCCCCAUUUCUGUAAACCCAAAUUAUAUGAUUUCUUCUGCUAAAGAAUAAGGUGUGUGCUUUUUUUUGCGAUAUGACUCUCUCAGUGCAAAACAGGACGUUUGGGCUGGGGGAGACCCGAGGGUCUGUUCCCUGCAGCCCGGCCCUGCCGUUGACCUCUGGCCUCUCUGUGACCGUCACGGUCAGACUUUUGUGGGCGAUCUUCUUAAACAUUAUCUCUUCCCUUUCCUUCUUUUCUUCCCCUUCCCCAAGAACCCCGGUUGCACAUUUUAAGUCCUAUUU